CUGUUUUUUCACGUGUUUUUUCCUGCAGAGAAGACUUGUUUCCAAAAUGAGUAACAUUUACAUUCAAGAACCCGCGACUUCGGGAAAGGUGAUUUUGAAUACGACUGUUGGACCGAUUGAAAUCGAGUUGUGGGCCAGGGAGUCGAAAAGAGCUGCGAAAAACUUUAUGCAGUUGUGCAUGGAGGGAUACUAUGACAACACUAUUUUCCACAGGAUUGAAAAGGGGUUUAUUGCACAGGGAGGUGAUCCAACUGGUUCAGGAACUGGUGGAGAGUCCAUUUAUUCCAGAGAAGGCAAACCUUGGAGGGAUGAGUUUCAUUCUAGAUUGAGGUUCAUGAGGAGAGGCCUGGUUGCUUGUGCUGAUCAGGGGUCUCAGUUUUUCUUCACCUUAGGAGAAGCCAUGGAGCUGCAGAAUAAGCACACCAUUUUUGGCAAGGUUGGUGGAGACACUAUCUUCAACAUGAUCCGCUUGGAGCAAUGCGAAGUGGAUCACGAGAACCGUCCGGAAUUCCCGCAAAAGAUCCUUAGCGUGAAAAUCGUCGAGAACCCGUUUCCGGAACUCGACGAAGAAGAAUUCGCGGCGAAACGUCGCGAAGCUCAAGAAGCUGCUAAACCCAAGAAAACCAAGCCCGAGAAAAAGGGUUCCAAGAACUUUAAGCUCUUGUCAUUCGGCGACGAGGCUGAGGCUGACGAAGCUGAAAAUAUUGCACAGGCCUCGAAGGUCAAGUCCAAGUCAUUCCAUGAUCUCGGGAACGAUCCGAAAAUGAUCAGUUCCACUGCGACGCAUGAAGACGAAGAAGAAGCUGUUGAUGUGAAGCCAGAAAUAAAGACGGAGUAUGAUGCGGAAGAGGAAGACGUGAAGAAGCCUUCUGUUGAAGCCAGUGCCGAUUUGGCGAAAUCCAGAUCCAAGAAGAAUAAGGUCAAAGAAGAACCGCUUGAUCCCAGUGAUGAGUAUCAGGCUGCGAAAGCUGUGAAGAAGACAAUCCUGCCCAGAGCGAGACAGACCAAAGGUUCUGCAAGGGAAGCAGACACAUUGAAGUUGCUGGCAAAAUUCGCAGCUAAGCUCAAGUCUCAGGAAGACGAAGGUGAAGCUGCUGAAGAAGAAGAAAAAACAGACGAAGACCCUUCAUCCGAAUCCUGGCUGAACCACAGACUAAAGUUUGACAUGGAAACCCCAAUUUUGGCAAAGGACGCCAACACGAAAGGCGACGACUGGUACGAAGUUUUCGAUCCCAGGAAUCCCAUCAACAAACGCAGAAGGAACGAAGAUUCCUCAGAAAAUCGAAGCAGCAAAUCGAAAAAUUCGAAGCAUCGUUGA